AUGGCACAACUAAUCACAGUUAGGCUAUCUCGUUUCGAUGCUUCACCCUGGGGUUUCCGGUUACAAGGUGGUAAAGAUUUUGGACAACCUCUCAUCGUACAAAAGGUAAAUGCAAAUUCACCGGCAGAAAAAGCAGGUUUAGAACAUGGCGGUGGAGAAAAAAAAAAAAUCAUCCACGGUUUAGGAGGCUUGACGUGGAAACCCUCGGUGGUUCCAAUCGGACCAACACCCACACCGAAUAAUUCGAUUGGAAAUGUACAACCGGUUACUAAAACGUCUUUAGCUUAUAAAUCGCAACCUCCUGUUCCGUCUUUUAGUCAAUACAACUAUGCGCCGAAACCUUUUGGCGGUGCACAAGCAAACGGAAUCGGUGACAAAACUCAAAAUGCAAAGAAUUUGGCGAGUAAACAAUACAACAGUCCUAUCAAAUUGUAUUCGGAUCAAACAAUUGCGGAAACUUUGAGUGCUCAAGCGGAAGUUUUAGCCGGGGGAGUCGUUGGGGUUAAUUUUAUGAAGAACGAAAAAGCUUACAAUGCUGCCAACAGUGAAGUUUUAAAAAUGGUUCAGGAAAUAGAUAGCGAACCGAAAGAAGCGGAACCAGUUGAAGAAAUGCCCUCAACACCUACAGCUCCUAAACCGUCAGGGGUGGCCGGUUUAAGACACGUAUCAGCACCCGAAACAAAACCUCAGCCUGCACAAGAUCAAAAGGUGUUACCACCUGGACAGAAUAUUUGUGCAGACUGUGAACGUCUUAUUGUAGCAAGUUCUUUAUCGUAUUAUUCUACCGCUAGCCAUGCUCUUGGCGGCCGGUCGGUGUCUCCUAGUCCAGUAGCACCACCACCACCACCAUCUUAUACUAGAUCACCCCCACACCAAAAACAUUCGGUGCCAUAUUCUUCUUCUUCUUCUUCAUUGCCGUUCGUUUCUUACGAAAGUCCAAUGUGUAGUGAAUGUGAAAGGUGUAUAAUAGGAUUGUUCGUACGUAUCAAAGAUAAAAAUUUACACGUGGAUUGUUUCAAAUGUGCAACGUGUGGAACAUCAUUGAAAAACGUCGGGUAUUAUAAUAUAAAUAAUAAAUUAUAUUGCGAUAUACAUGCGAAAAUGGUAGCGAGACAAAAUCCGCCAUCGGUUAAUUUAGAACCGGUUUUAGUACCACCGGGUACGAAAACUCCGGCAUCAAUUAUUGCAUCGAGUAUUGGAGCUGUACCGCCGCCACCUUUUACAUCUCAAUUUUCGGUUUCUUCUACAGGUUCGGCAUCACCUCAACCAUCAUCAAUUGCUGCACCAUUUCAACCACCUUCGUCAGUGCAGCCACCCAAAAUUAAUUUAACAACACCGAGUGCACCGACAUCUUUGGCUCGUCCAACAUCCGGAAUUUUCACUGGAUGUAAGCCAAAUCCAACGUUAAGAGGUGGCGUUACCGCUCCUCCCAUGGCAUCUUCAUCUUAUUCUUCUGGCGCUCCAUCUUCUUUGAGCGCUUCCAAAGGUGGAAGUUUUGCUGGAGCCACGUCUCCAAAAAGAGGAAAAGGAGUUUUAAAUGCUCCAAAUGCUGCAAGAGUUCCUCUUUGCGCUCACUGCAAUGGUCAAAUCAGGGGACCUUUCAUUACCGCUCUCGGUAAAAUAUGGUGUCCGGAUCAUUUUGUUUGCUCGAAUGCACAAUGCAGUAGACCUCUUGCAGACAUAGGAUUCGUCGAAGAAGGAAAUCAACUUUAUUGCGAAUAUUGUUUUGAAAAAUUCAUCGCUCCCGAUUGCGAUAAAUGUAAGAACAAAAUAAAAGGAGAUUGUUUGAACGCCAUCGGUAAACAUUUUCAUCCGGAAUGUUUUUCAUGCGUUUAUUGUGGAAAAUUAUUUGGAAAUAAUCCGUUUUUCAUGGAAGAUGGUUUACCGUACUGUCAAAAAGACUGGAACGAAUUGUUUACCACGAAAUGUUUUGCUUGCGGUUUUCCCAUCGAAGCCGGUGAUAGAUGGGUCGAAGCUUUGAAUAAUAAUUAUCAUUCUCAGUGUUUCAAUUGCACUACUUGUAAAUCGAAUUUAGAAGGACAAACAUUUUUUGCAAAAGGAGGAAGAGCUUUUUGUAAAUCUCACGCUCGUUAA